AUGAUCGCUCCUAUCGCUGUCGGUGCUGCUGCUCUUAUGGCCGGUGUUGCCAGAGCCCAAGUUACCGCUACUGGUACUAUGGGAAGCACCAAUCCAGCUCAAGCUACUUUGGGUACCGCCGUCAAUUCGACUUCGAUGGCUCGACUCGUCUCCUUGAAUGCUAUCGAUGAUUUCUGUCUCUUCGCUCCCCCUGAACCUAACUCAGUUAUUGGUGAGACCGAAGCUGAAGAAGUAGCUUGGUGUGUCCAGGCACGAAACAACGCUCGACAAAUCCCUGAUGGUACUUUCACUGCUGUCCACUUCGUCAAGACCCCUCUCUAUUGGCAAAUCCAAGGUCUGGGUGACUUGACCAAACUUAACAUUCAGUCCGGUGAUGAAGGUGGUGAACUUGAUCCUCACGGUGCCACCGGUCUCGGUAACCCCGUCGGUGGUAAUGUCACUACCAACGCUACUGGUUCAGAUGUUUCUUACGAGGAAUGGAUGAACUACAUGUCAUACGACCAAUUCUGUCUCCGAAUCUGUAUCUCCGAGAACUCUACCUACUCCGCCGCCGAGAUGUGUCAACACACAUUGGACGAGAUGGGUUGUAACUGGGUCAUGCCCGGUGACUACACCGACAACUCUUUCACUGAGUGUGAUGGAGAUUCAGCCUACCCACCAGGUCUUUACCCUCAAUCCAACGGAUCCACCUCUACCUUCCAACAGCGAUACACCGGUACCUACACCGACGCCUCCGGUUCAGUCGGUAUGUGGACUCAAGGUCAGACUGUUACUCCUUCAACCGCCUACUCCACUCCUGCCACUUCUAACUGUGUAACCUACUCUACUAUUGGUAAUGGUGUCGCUGCCGUCGCUACCGCUUCUUCCAACUCUUCGUCUGCCGCUUCCGGCUCAUCAUCCGGAUCAGCUGCCUCUGCCUCUGCUACCGCUUCAGGAUCAAACAAAUCUUCCGGUUCCGCUGCUGCUGCCACUGGUUCCAAGACUGGUUCCAACACCGCUGCUUCCGCCUCUGCCUCUGGAUCAUCCUCCGGUGCUCUCCCUGUUGUAGGUAACAUGGGUCCUGUUGCCGGUUUCUCAGUCUUGGCUCUCGUCGCCGGUGCUCUCCUCAUCUAA